AAAAUCUUGUAACUAUAUUUCCGAGCUCAGAUUUUGUAGGAGCCGCGCAAAAUUCAUCCCACGACAUUCAUCACCAAGCGAGUAAAUAUUUUUUCAAUAGACACCUGGAGAUAUGAUUAUUUGAUGUAUGUUGUGGAAGGAUUAAUUGGUUGCUGAUGGCCGUUUAUACGGCAUGAUGAGAAAUCGGAAAUGUUUACUUGGCAAUAAACCACCUGCAAACAGAUAAGCACCAUUAUACCUUGACAAGUUCGUUUUAUUUUGCAGCCUACGGGUGAGAAAUAACCAAUAAAAAACCAAUUGAGUAAAAAUGUCGUGAUUUUCCUACCAUGUUCGUGACAAAUUUUCUUAACCUGUUGGCACAAAGACAUGUAAUAUAAGUUUCGGAAACAAUGGAACGUUACCAGGCCGGUUUCAUUAUUUUACAGGGUUCGGGAACGAUCUCUCUGGAACAACAGGAUAUCAAACUUGCUAAUCUCAAUUUCGCAAUAAACAUUCACUUAGUUUUAUUUAAUUUGUAGAACAAUGAAAACAUAUUUUUUUACAAGUUUGAUCUUACGCCGUUUAUUUUUCGGUGUCAUUGGUCCUGUAAUUUCCAAAAGCUAAUUAAGUUUACACGCCGUAAACGCUGCCAAAUGUCACAACAUGCCUAUCUCUGACCUUCAACCUUAAGUCCUUUUGACGUAAUUGGCUCCAACAUCUACAUAUAAAGGCUCCACUUUGUGAAUUGGGUGUAGAAUAUCUAGCUUAAAGCGAGACAGUAUUCACGUCCGCAUCGAAAGGGUCAACAAAUUGUCGAAUCCAGAGGAAAGAGAGUCUAUGGCUUGUCUUAAAGAAAUCGCUACGUUUUUGUUUCUUGGGUUCUUGCUGGAUUUCUCAAGAGCAAGAUAUAAUGAUAAACAGCUCACAGCGUUCGGCACAGACCAAAACAUCGAUAGAACUCAAGAGUCGUUGAUACUCAAUUCAUGGAUGGAAUCAGAGAGAGUGACUUUUGGAAGGUUGAAACGUCAAAUUAAAUCAAAGAAGAGGACCUCGAGAUAUCGUUUGCCAUACUUCCCUCUAUAUCCAAUAGACCUACCAGAGUGUAAAGACAAGGAACGUGAAGCAAAGAGUGGAAUGUGUAAAUCCUGGGCAAAGUCUGAUUACUGUAAAAAAGCAAAGUCCGUGAUGGAAACGUACUGCCCGAAGGAAUGCGGAUUUUGCAAACAAUUCAGUCCUCCGGGAUGUCAAUCGAGGAAACAUGGCUGUUGUUGGAAUAAUUUACGUGCCAGAGGGCCAAAUGGACAAGGAUGCCCAGUCUGUCGGGACUCUUAUAGACGCUUGUGCAAACUUUUUGGCCACCUAUGCUCCCAAAAGGGAACAAGUGGAAAGUUCGUUCGAUAUCACUGCUUCCAAACAUGUGGAUGGUGUGACAAGGUUGCUCAGCUCAGAGCUGAAGAGUCAACCGGUGCUGUGUAGUCUAUGGAAGUUCUCUGUUGCAACCAACUAUUAACAGUGUCUUGGUAUGAAACCUUUGAAGUACUGCAGACA